GAAAGACAGGCGUCCGGCGGCUGUCGGCUUCGUUUGCGACGCGGCGGAGUCGCGCAUCUGAAAACGCGAACUUCUGCGGUAAAUGAGACUGCGAAUCAGGUGCAGCAGACAUCAUCUGACGAGCCAUACAUGGCGGAGCAGCAUCGCGACGCUCGGACUUGGUGGACUGACGGAUUCGGGUGGUGCAUUCUGCGCCCAGCGCAGCUCCACACACGUCGCUCUCCUGCGGCAGCUUGCAAGGUCGAAAGAGAAGUUGCGCCAAGACACCUGAAGAGCGGGGAAGAUAACUUUGUCUCUAUAAGUUGCUGCAGAACCGGAAAGGGAAGCUUCUCUCAGAGUCGAUGCCCGGGCAGAAGACGCUUCCAAGUCGGAGGAGAGACAAGGGACCUUCGGGAGGCCAAGGCGCGACAGAGCGGAGAGAAAGGCCUAUUCAGCUUUUCACGAAGGAGCGUCAACAGAAGAAGAGAGAAAAAGACAACGAAACGCGACAACACGGCGAAGAAGAAGCCGGACAAGGAAAGAAGGAACAAAAGAGAGAAGGAGAGAAGCAGAAACCAGGGAGGAGAAAGGAGAGGCGAAGAAAAGGAACAAGAUGAGAAGACAGAAGAAGGCCUUGGAAAGCCUAAAGGGAAGGAGAGGUUUGAAUCAGCGACAGAGAGAGAAAAACGCCUUCCUCCGCGCUUUCUCUAUGAAGAAGGACGGGGGCAUGAGAAAAUUCCGACAAACACAAUGCAGACGACGGGGGGACGGAGCCGAAGAAAAACGAAGAAAAAAGAGUUCGGGAUGAGGAGAAACCGCGAAGAAAGAGGAAUGGCAUUUCAUUCCUGCGAGCACUGGUGACGUUCUUUGUAGGAAGCCGAGACAGGCCCUACGAAAGGCAGAAAUCCACUUUUUUCUGCUUCCUCAGGCAGACAAAAAGGCGACAUUGGAGCGCUGCGAGUCUCCUCGUUCGCCUGUGCCACAGGAAAUACUCUUCUGCGAGAGUUUACUUCUCUGGAAAAUCAAGAAUUUCUUGAGGUUCGCUUGUGCAGAGACGCUGGCGUGAGGAACGCUGUCUUGUCACCCUCCUCUCUGUGUGUGGUGAGACAUGGCAGAAACUUUUUGUGAACACAACGGAGAAAGGAGGUCGCCCAUCUUGGUUUUUUUUAGGAGAGGUACACGAGAAAAAAGGUGGAGAUAGGACGUCCUUUGCUCGUUUUCUCGCAGUAAAAAUCCCUUUUCUCCGUGUCUUGCUGGCGCUCUUCUUCGCUUGUUCCUCGUCAAGGAAAAACUCGUUGAGCAUGCAUGCAACCCCCAAGCGAAAUGGGGGAAUUUUCGUCUCUGCAGAAAGUCAAAAUACUUUCCCUCUCCUAUCCUGCGGAGUGUCUGCAGAAAGAACGAAUUCGUCAAAAGGCGAAAUUCGGGGAAUCAGUCUCUCUCUUUCCCACAAUAAGCAUCUAUACAAGGAAAAUAUGAAGAUAUAUAUAUACAUAUAUUUAUGUGCUUGUAUACGGUCCAUCCAUAUAAAUAUAAAUAUAUAUAUAUAUAUAUAUAUGCGUAUAAUCACCUGUAGAUUGCUCAAAUGUAUGCCUACAUCUAAAAGUUGCUUUAUCCUUAUGUACGGGUGUAACAGACGCUUACACACAUAUGUCUAUAUUCUUCAAGAAGUUCAUCUGUAGCGACUUCUACGUAAGACCACAAUAAAGAAACUCACACAUCUAUUAGGCUUUUGCUUAGAGUUUAAGAUUUAGAAGAAGGCAAAAGGAGGGGAACCAGCUACUAUGCUCUGUCUUUGCCGUUUUCUCGCGCUUCAUCUUUCGCGUGUACAGGUCCCUGGGAAUCAUGGCGAGGCGUUUUCUUUCUGUUUCAACAGAGCGCGUUUUUCAUGAGAAGGCUUUUUUCUGUUGAAGGACUUGGCCGGCAAAUCAGCUGGCGCCUUAUCAGAAUGAGUCUUUCCCCGGGGGCAGAAAAGAACCAAUUUACAGCGAGGCUUCCUCAGAGAAGGCGUUCCUGUGCGACGAAGGUGCCGGGCAAAUUAGCCUCGGACGCUGCCACAAACAGUGGAAGCGUCACUGUCUCUUCUUCCGGCCUCGAGAGCUUCCGCGUCGGGCGUCUCUGCUUGCAUCGCAAAUACCUUGUCCAUUCCCAGAGUGGCUCGUUCUAGCCGCGAAGGGUCGCAGGCAACGAGGCGACUCUGGAAGAGCGAAGAGAACGAGAAAUAUCUCUCGGAAAAAGGUCACUGCCAUUUCACAGUCGAAGCCUCUGCUAGAAGUGAACCGAGAAGCGCUCAGCUGAAAAUGCACUCCUUCGAAAUCAGAAAAGGCGGCGCAUCUGGCACAAGAUUCCUAACUUUCUCUGCCUGGGCACAAGAGACAGCGGCGCCGCAUCCGUCUGUCCGGACGCUGGAACUCCUCGGCUGUCCGCAAGCGAGAAAGCAAACUACGCGAAAACGCCUCUAAAACUUGUCGC